AUGUCGUCGACCGAUUUGAUGCCUAAAUGGCAAUUACGGGCAUUAAUAGCGAUUAGCUAUCUUACGUGGACCAUUUCGAUAAUAUUCGGUCUUAUCGGUCAUCUUUUUUAUUGGCUUAUUUUCAAUUCAUUCGGUCGAAGUUAUGAUAAAAAAGGAUCGAAAUUAGAAUGGACAAGUGACAAUGAGGAUGAACAUUAUGCAAUCAUUAUUGGUGCAGGUUUUUCGGGUUUAGGAAUGAGUAUUAAAUUGAAAGAACUGGGUAUGGAUAAAUUUGUCGUAUUAGAACGUCAUUCACAUGUUGGUGGUACAUGGUAUGCAAAUCGAUAUCCUGGUUGUCAAGUCGAUAUUCCAUCGAAUCUAUAUUCGUAUUCAUUUGA